AUGGGGCAGCAAGUGAGGGGUUCAGAUGCCAUCCCUGAUUCCCAAACCUACUGCUCCCAUUGUACGCUCCUCUUUCUCCCUGCUGUACCCUGUACCCUGGGGCCUAAUCCUGACCUUCCCGAGGCCACAUCAAAGGAGGUGGCUUGGGGAGCCCAGAGUGCCUCAGAGGUCAAGCAUUUGAUGGCAGAUUUCUGCGGGGUGGGGGUGAAAAUCAGGGCCUGUGCAGGAGCCCUUCAUCCCACUAUUGGGGUUUCCCUGUCGGUGCUGCCAGUAGGCAGGAAGAUGGGGAGAAAGAGGGAAAACACGGAGUCUAAGGUUUUCAUGGCUAAGCUGCCAGUCACACCAGGCUACAGUGGUUUUGUGCCCUACCUUAGUUGCCAAGGUGUCUACGAUGAAGACAACAUGUCCCAAUGUCUGCAGACCUUCCGGGAGAUCACACAGGGCAGGAAGGAACAGUGGAGGGAGCUACAUAAAGCCAUAGCUGCUGUCCCGCCGCUGAAGCCCAUCUGCUCUGAGAAGACACUCCUAGGAGUACUGCACCAGUACUACCAGAAGUACCACCCUCUGAGUCUGGAAAGCAAAAAUGUGAAGAAGCCCUCAUGUGAGCCGCCCAUUCCAGGCUGGGCUGGCUACCUGCCCAGGGCCCGGGUCACGGAGCUGGGCUGCUCAGUGAGGUACACAGUCAUGGCUCGAAACUGCUACCAGGACUUCAUGGAGCUGAUAGGACGGGCAGACAGAGCGCAUCAAAAACCAUAUGAGGAAAUCUAUGGAGUUAAGUCAAAGCAAGAGCCUCCAGUUCAGAGCCCCAGGGUCUUACCACAGGAUGACAGGUUGCCAGAUUAUCCGGAUUUCUCUGUUCCAAGUAGAAGUGUUUUCCCCCUAGGACGGACUCCCCGAGAAAUCUGCCAGACGGGCGAGGAUGGCUUUGUUCUGAGGCCCAAUGUUUCCUGCAGCCAGAUUCGCCUGGACCCACUGGCCUUGCCCAAGUCCACUGAGAGUGUUGCAUCUCCUGCAGAGGCGACCUUAAGGGAAGCCUGUAACCGAGCACCAGCACCCCUAAAGACCUCAACAAGCACCCGGGAAGUUCCCUGA